AUGAGUUUUCAAGAACUGCAAGACCUUUCAACUCCAAUUGAUUCUCCCUUAGCCAUGCUCCACCUCAGCUCCGCCGCACUCAACCACCACUCCACCGCUGACCCCACCACAGACCAACAACUCUCCGGCGACCCAUCACCUGAAAAAACCACCCUUUACGGUGGCUCCACUACAAAAACAAAAAGAUACUCAAACUGUAACUACACUUCAUCUCUUGAAGAACCAUUCCCUAAAAGAACCGCCACUGACACCACCCCUCUACCACCACCGCCCAUUUCCACCGCCGGCGGCGACACCAACAGCCACCCCCAUAUCCUCGAAGGGUUCACCAAACUCCCACUUCAAAAUUACAACCACCAAGAAUCUAAUUCUACUUUCCUUAAACCUCAGCUGAUCGUAAAUUCAAGAACUCCGUCACCUUCGCCGUCUCCGGCGAAGCCGCCGUUAGUGCCAGCUCAGUUUCCUACACCACUUUAUCGGACUUUAUCUGAUCCCACUGGCGGCUCUGGUUGUGGUUCUAAUAAGAGAAAAUCAGCUACUACUCAAAGUACACUGCCAAGAACAACAAGCUGGUCACCAAAUACUAUUCAAGAAUUAGGUGGUGGCGCUUUUAACAAAAAUGGAGAAUCUCCUAUUGCUUUGAAAUCCACUACUCAUCCACCACAAAGUGCACUGUCAAGAACAGCUAGUUCGUCACCAAAUAAUGUUCAAGAAUUUGGUGGUGGAGCUUUGAACAAAAAUGGAGAAUCUCCUAAUGCUAUGAGAAAAUCACCGAGUCAAAGUGCACUUGCAAGAACAGGUAGCUGUUCACAAAAUGUUCAAGAAUCAAGUGAUGCUGUUAACAAUGCAGAAUCUCCUACUACAAUGAGGCUAAAGAGAAUGAAGCAAGGAAUGAAAGAAAUGAGACAAUGGUGUGAUCUUAUGAUUCAAGAAGAUGCUCAAGUAGAAAAAGCUUCCUCGGAAGAAAACAAGAGUUUAAAGGAGAAUGAGACAGAGACUGAAACUGAAACAGAAGCGUCGUGUGAGGAAGCUGUGUGGGUGGAAAGAAUGGGGAAUUCUCUGAUUCUGCAUUUUAGGUGUCCCUGUGGUGAAGGCUAUCAGAUUCUACUCUCUGGAAACAACUGCUAUUACAAAUUGUUAACUCUCUGA